GAAAGUAUGGUACUGGGUCAUAUGUACUGUGCCAGAUCAGUGACUGACACUAUCCCGGAUCAGCAAUGCACACUGUCGCGGCGAUCGGACGGAGAGCGAGUGCCGGUCUUCCGAGAGCCGCUCGGGUCGCUGUGUUAACAGCUGCAGUCUGGCUGCCGGGAAAUCACAUGGCCCAGGGGGAGGUUGCGAAAUAAAUUCGGUGCCAAGACAGAAGUACAUGCGUUUUACGCUCAGUCCAGGUAUUGCCUGCAGCCGCUGAGCCAUGUGCACUGACAUUUGUGAUGUGAUCUUUCCCUGAGAAGGCACGUUGUCGAAUCCCCGGAGUUACUGCCAACAUCUGCUCCCUAUGAAGAAACAAGCGGCUCCCUGCAAACUCGAGGUAAGAUAAAGGAGGAUCUAAAUAAAACGAAGCAACUAGGGAGCAAAUUGGUGUUGUGUGAAAUCUGGUUCGCAGGUUCGAUGAGUAGGGACAGAAGACACUCACUACCGGCACUCUUCUUCAUGUGUCUUGUGCUUCUGCCGCAUAUUAAUGCAUCAGGUUCAGAACCAUGGAGAGAGUUCAUCAACAACAUAAUAGGAGUGGCAGGGGUCUGUCGGGAAAAGAUCGAUAAACUGACUAGUAGUCUGCUUCCAAGUGUGGUGCAAUAUGAAGUUUUAUCAGAUACAGAUGUUGAAAAUCUGACCGUGUGCUGCUUUAUCAACAUCACUGCUCAACAGCUGUCCUACACGUUCGGCAACCUAUCGAAAAACUUUAAAGAUGAUUUUAUGCUUGCCAGGAAUAUAUCACAGUGGCUAUCAAAAAUUUGCUGUGGGAAGGAUCCUGUAGUCCAGUGUAAUCGAACAUGUUUGAGACCACCACCAAGGAUUGUGACAGGGUGUACAAAUAACCUCUUUGAAUAUGCUAAGACUAUCCUGCAUCUAUAUGAAGAUUUAACAAAGCGAGAUAAUUCCAGCGUUCAAGACUCAUACAUUCUCAGCUCCCUGAGAAAUCACAGCACUUCCACUGAUUUGAAUUCUUGUGUGAUUAAUCUUUAUGACGGAUUGCCCUCCAACAAUUUGCUCACAAGCUUAUGCUCUCAGUAUUUGUCUACUGCGAGCCCACCACCACAGACCUCCAUUUCCACGGUGCCUACCACACAGACUGCAAAGAACGAAGAGCUUAGCACCAGCAUAAAAGGCACAACCGCUCCAGCCAGUCUGGUGACAGAAAUCAGGCAUCAGAGGCCUAGCAUCACCGAGGAAGUGUCAACAGCUGAGACAACUCAUCAGGAUGUCACUUUGUCGCAAACAGCAACUAGCUGGGGUAGACCUUCAUCUAACACACAGCCUCUGUCCCACUCUACUGUUCUCUACUCACAGACUACAAUUGUAGCUGAUGGCGAAGCAGGAAAAGUUAUAUUCAAGGUGGAUGCAAAGAACAGCAAGAACAACACAAAUGUAUUGUUUAUAACCGCUGUUCCGUUGACAGUGAUUAUCUUGGUUAUUGUGUUCUUCUACACAUGCAAUAAAAUAAGGGCACAGAGGAGGACCUACCGAACAUGGUCCUCUCAAGAUUCUGCAGUACAUAUCAGCAAUAGCUGUACAGACGAACCCUUUAAUGAUCUGUAAAGGAGUAGAAGAGAGGUUUGGUGGAAUUCGGGAGGUUUUGGCUUCUGUGAAGCAGAAAGAGUUUGCAUUCUUACCAUUUUAUUGAUGGGUCUGGAUCAUGUCAUGGACUUUCCCAGCAAAAUUAGCUGCCCGAGCUCCUUACGAGUCUCUGGCUCCGGACUACAGCUCACCACGUUUCUACCCAAACUAAUGUGAAGCCAAACAACGAAUGCCGGACUCCUGCCACAUACAAAAGGCACUUCUUUAUAGUUCAAUAUCUACAACUGGGAAGCAUGAAGCGGUCUUUUCUUUCUACAAGGCUACCUGGCUAAAUCUUUGCACCCUUCGCCUGUUGUUCUGAGCUAACGGAACAGAAAGUGUCUGCUUUUGAAAAUAGCUGAACUGGAUUGUGUUUGUAAAAGGGGGGGGGGAUAAUGGAUAAGAAAUUAUUUUUAUAUUAAAAAAUAGGUUUUGUAUAUAAAAUAGAUAGUAACUGAUAUUACUGAUUCUACAUACCAGAAUACCAGAGUUGCCAUAGUGAUAAUAAUCUCACUUGACCAAGUCAGUAGUUAAUGAGUAACCCUUGGUAAUGUAUCGCCAUUGAGCUCUCUCAGAGCAAUCUUACUGUUAUUUCACUAAUUAUCCAUCACCUGCUCAUUACUAACUAACAGGAUACCCGGUUUCCCGGUACACUAGUACCGAUUCAAGUAAAGCAAGCCAUUCAGAAGCCUAGCAGAAUGUAAUCGCUUAUUGCCAAUGGAAUGAAACGCAGGAGGUUAUGCCUCUGUCAUGUGUGCUCUCACACAUAUUUUGUCGUUAGCUACCAACACACCCAAGGGUGUGCUGAGGGCAGCCUGCAAGUGUCAACACACAUUCUGGCACCAACAUUUCAUGGCCACUGUGUUCAGCAGGGCAGCGCACAGGAAAUCAGAACAUACCAGGCGACAAUCAUAACAAAACAAGCCCCGUUCCUUCUGCCCACCCAAACUCAAACAGGGUCCUCUCAACUGAGGGCAGCCGUCUUCUUCGUCCUCCAGCAGAUACCGAGCCUUCGGCUUCCCCAGUAGAUCAUCAAGAGAUUUGCAGAUUCAGGGCUCCACCCAACAAGCCUCACCUUCUGGACUCUCGAUCGAUAUUCGGGCUUCAAUCUGGACUUCCAGUCAACCUUCGGGUUUCGGUAUUGACCCAGGACUCACUGGAAACGCUAAAUAAGGACCCAAACUUCAGUCAAUAAAUCAGAUAUGAUCAAAUGGCAGAAUAGAUGGGCUAGAUGGCCUAAGUUUGCUCCGACACAUUAUGGUCUUGUGAUGAAACCUUCCCUCUCCCAAUUUUUAACCACAUCCCAACCCAUUAUAAACUAGAACUAUAUUGCCCUUCCUUCCUUCAUUGUAAUUCCUGGAACUCCCUGCCCAAUUGCAUGGAUAGAGGACCUUCGCUGCAAAUGCUACAACUGUACUAGAUGAUGACCAACUUCUCGUGGACAAGGAGGGAUGGAUAUAAUUGUCAGUGUGUCUGCCAAAAAGAGAAUAAAAUGGGUUUUACCCAUUCCCUAUAACUUUCUUUUCCAGCUAUUGUAAGAUAACAGCAAGUGAGUUGGGUUGUUGCCAAAGGGGAUAUGGGAAGUUGUUACAGUCGCCUCUGGGAUAAUGGAGAGUUAGUGCAUCCACGUACAAGGUAGAAAUGCAGAUAAUACUGUAGAGAGUUUCCUUGUAUACACACUGGACAACAAAUUUUUUGAAAGUGUUGCUUCGUCAUAAUUUUUUUCCUUAUGAGAGACUGCUUGAAGCUGAACACAUAUUAUUUCAGACUACUUCUAUCAGGUAGGCAUUUGUAGAAGUGAAUGAAAUUUUAUUGAAUAUAAUGCGUUCAAUUGCAUAAUGCUGCUGAUGCUUUGUGAUAGUUCAACUAAGCUAAAAGUGUUUUAUUGAGUUAGUGUUAGUGUCUGAGGCUUCUAGUUUAAGUGUCCAACAAUAAUCAGCCAGCAUUGAUGGAUUCCAGUUGCCCCAAUAACAUUUCUGCAUGACCACAAUGGCCUAGUGAAACCUUUCACUGUGCUCGUCACUGACAGCGCCAAGAUUUGCAGGGGAGAAGUCUAAAUGGAAAUGCAGAAGAUCAGUCUUUAGUGACAUAUUGCACUUAAUGGUUUUGUAUACUUGAACCAUGUUGUCAACCAGCUGCAUCAAGUUUGGUGCUCUGUAGCUGCCAAUAAAACUUUCAGCAACAUCCUCAAAAACCUUGUAUGUGAUUUUCUUCUGACCCACUUGAAGUUCCUCGAAUUGCCUGACACUUAUGACCUAGUUGAUUUGUGGAUCACCAUAAAUGCUUUAAUUAAUCUUAGCAUCGGUUAUUCAGACUUGAAUUAUGAAUUAAAUAACAAAUAUAGGUGAUUUUUUUAAAAUGGUACAUGAGGGAGGCUACAGAAUGUCUUGGACAGAUUAGGAGAAUGGCCAAAGUAAUGGCAGAUGGAAUAUGGUCUUGGGAAGUGUAUGGUCAUGCACAUUGGUAGAAGAAAUGGAAAGGUUGGCUAUUUUCUAAAUGGAGAGAAAAUACAAAAAACGAAGGUGCAAAGAGACUUGGGGAGUCCUUGUGCAGGAUUCCCUGAAGGUUAAUUUUCAGGUUGAGUCUGUGGUGAGGAAGGCAAAAACAAUGUUAGCAUUCAUUUCAAGAGGACUAGAACAUGAAAGCAAGGAUACAAUUCUGAAACUUUAUAAAACACUGGUGAGGCCUCACUUGGAGUAUUGUGAGCAGGUUUGGACCCCUUAUCUCAGAAUGAAUGUGCUGAAACUGGAGAGGGUUCAACGGAAGUUCACGAAAAUGACUCCAGGAUUGGAUGGCUUGUCAUUUGAAGAGCGCUUGAAGGCUCUGGGCCUGUAUUCACUGGAAUUCAGAAGAAUGAGGGGUGACCUCAAUGAAACCUAUCAAAUGGUGAAAGGCCUUGACAGAGUGGAUGUGGAGAGGAAGUGUCCUCGGUGUGAGAAUCUAAUAACAGAGGACACAGUCCCAGAAUAGAGGUGCGUCCUUUUAGUGUGGAGAUGAGGAGGACUUUCUUUAGAAUGGUGAAUCUGUAAUUCUUUGCCAUGGGCUGCUGUGGAGGCCAGGUCUUUAUCUAUAUUUAAGGCAGAGGUUGAGAGAUCGGUCAGGGAAUUAACCUAUAUUGGGAGAAGACAGGAUUUUGGUGCUGAGAGGAAAAUUGAAUCAGCCAUGAUGAAAUGGCAGAGCAGACUCGAUCGGUCAAACAACCUAAUUCUGCUCCUAUAUCUUAUGGCCUAUGGUGAUAGGGAAAUUUCAUUGUGAUUUUCAUGAUCAGCAACCAAAAACCCAUAAGGUACACCAAAAAGUAUUCAGGAAGCAAAAUAUUUGUUGUUCAGUGUUACUAAAAUAAAAGUUAGAUGUUUGGAUUCAAUGCACCCCAACACAAUGGAGUGGCUGCAUUCCUAGAAAAACACUGGUAUCACAAUACUCCAAAAGAGGAAUCCUUAACAAAAACUCGCAUUCUUCCCAUUUGCUUUCCUCUUUGUGUUGCUGUCAUGUCAUUUCCUUAGUUUACUGUACAAUACAGAAGCAGGUCCUUCAGUCUAACUCAUCCACGACGACAGAGGAGCCCACCUGAGGUUGUCCCAUUUGGUCCAUUAUGUCUCUGAGCCUUAAUGCACAGUGCUUCCCAAUGGGUCCUGUCCAGAACAUUAGUAAUUAUUGUACGGUGAGCUUAGAAUGGUAUGGUGGCAAUUGCAGAAUGUGCGGUGACAUUUGUGGGCUGCCCCAAAACAUCUGUAGGUGUGUUGGUUGUUAAUGCCAGCACUGCAUUUCAUUGUAGAGGUGACGAAUCUGAAUCCGACAACAAGGUUAGAGAGCUGGGUGAAGCUGGUGCUCCACAUGCUGGAGAUGGGGACGCAAACGUGACUGUUCACAUUUUGUAUGCAUUUCUGGUCACACCCACUACAGGAAGGACACUGGAGACAGUACAGAAGUAGCUCGCCAGGAUACUGCAUAAGUUAAAGGGCAUGAGUCAUAAGAAAAGUUUGAAGAAUGCAAUAUUGCCUUCUAUGGAAGUCAAAGGCUGAGGAGAGACCUGACACAAGUUCAUAAAAUUAUGAAAGGCAUGAUCAGAUAGACAACUGCUAUAACUUCCCCAGGGUAGAAAAGUCAGAUAACAGAGGAGUGUUUUUUUUUAAUUCUGUACCUCAUAUCUUUAGUGAUGGCUUGUAAAUUCAGAGAAGGCAGCUAAAGGGAGGAAUAAAGGUUGACUGCCAGUGACUAGGAGUAGAUUUUAGAUUUUAAUGAUCUUCAGAAACAUUUUCUAUCAGGAGUUCCAGAGCACGAGAGACAGUAUAGCCUACUGGUCUCUCAUUUCUUAUGUGAAAUACAUCUACCCUUGGCUAUGAGUUGACUUAUUUUCUUCAGCUUCUCAAGCAUGCCAAAUAUUUUUCAAUGGCCAAAGUAUGACGUGUCUAUUUACAGGAUUCUGUAAUGUUAUUUACAGCGCAGUAUAACUCCAUAAAAUGCAGUACUGUGUAAAUAGAUAAUCUUAACUAAGCCUAAAGAACUUUAACAUUUCAAUAUACUCUUGCUGCAAGAUAACACAGCGUACUAUUACUGUAAUGAGUGCAUUGCGGCUGUAUUCUUCUUGUAAGUGGCGUCCUUUUACUGUACAGCGUUCCUGGAGAGGUUCCAGAGGUUAUCCAGUGGCUUUUAAGUGCAGAGCAUUGCAAUUAAUAAUAUAAGCCUUUGAAACAUCACAUGCUUAACCUGCAAGCUGAUAAUAUCUGAGAUUUACAGUGUGUAACUGCAUCUGUUAUCAUGCACAAAUUGUAUAUAAAACACCACCCUGGUCUCAAUUGCUCUGACAGGUUUAAACUCGAUAAGAGAUUACAGGAUAAUUUCUGCCUGAAUCAUAGGCAGCAGUGACAGUAAGGUUGGUGAAAGAAUUCAGAUCCUCGGGUACGUUGAUUGUUAAUGCAAACGAAGCAUUUCACUCUAUGUUUUGAUGUAAACGUGACAAAUAAACCUGAAUCUU